AUGCAGUGCCCCUGGGAUGAGGUGAUGACGGAGGCAUUUCGCCGUGCUCAGAUGGCGGGGCGUGUGUUUCCGCAGCUGUGCGACUUUCCCUCCUCUGUGCCGGGGGACGUUGUGCAGCUGACGUAUUUGAAGCCGCUUCGGGUGCUAAACGGCGACGACAGAGGAGGUGCGCCAAUGCACGCUGCUCCCCUGUUAUGCGGGCCACUAGAAGUGACCGGGUUCUUUGACCCGAUGGAGGACGAGGAGGAGUCGUUGCUCAUGACGUACGGCGGUGAUGCCUGGGCCUCUGCGCUGUUUGUGGCGUCACACACCCGCAGCGGCGGUGGGUACUACAACGGCGUUCGCUAG